UGGUAUAAGAGGGAUUGUUCUGUGGCUGCUGGUAUUCAAUAUAAUGUAGAUACGACAUAACAAACUGACAGUUGCGUGGCAUAUUACAACUUUCAAAAGUGGCUCAAUGUAAAUAAAACAAAGUGUGAUCAUGGACUCAAUAUUUAAUUCGUCGCUAUUCAAUGAAUACUUUGGAAUUAUGAAGCGUCCGUGUUUACAAGGGAAUCUGUUUUCCGGAGUUGAUAAUUUCAACGGUUCCAAUACGUCAUCGACAACUAACUGCAGUAACAAUAUAUUUGACGACUUCUCAGACUUGCAUUUACCGGACCAAUUCGAGUACGAGAAGCCAGCAGUAUUCGUGUUUGGGCUUAAUUUAUUUGCCUACCUUACGCCAGUAAUACUUAUUGUUGGCCUUAUUGGGAACAGUCUGUCGGCAGCUGUGUUUUCAUCAAAGAACAUGAGGAAAAUGUCAGCAAGUACUUAUCUCUCGGCUUUAUCAGCCGCAGACAUUUGUACGCUCGUGUUUUAUGUGUUUAUUGAGUGGUUACGGAGAGGGUUAGUGCAUAUCAAUCCCGAUGUAAAGUCAAUUUUAAUUAUUUUGGACAGAAAUGGACCGUGUCAAGUCUUGUUGUACUUGUCAUAUAUUUCUCGAGUCAUGUCAACCUGGAUCAUUGUCAUGUUCACCAUCGAACGAUUUACGGGAGUGUGCUAUCCACUUAAAUCUUUCAAAGGAAAAUCCAAAAAGAUAAUAAUUGGAAUGCUGAUAGUGUCAUGUUUCCUGGUGUUAUAUAAACCUAUUCUUAGUGGCGAGUACACAAAAAGAGGACUUACCGCUUGCAGUUCGAAUCCUGAGUACAGCUUUGUAUCGUUUGCGCUUGAUUCUGUGUUUGCUGUUCUUAUAACGAUUGUUCCUUUUAUUAUCAUUACUGUCCUAAAUGCACUGAUUAUGAGAACAUUGUACUUGCGAAACCAUCGUCACAGUGACUUGUUUGCGGAGGAUACCAAAAUCCGGCUAGAGUUCACACUUAUACUCUUAGCAAUUUCCUUCUUUUUCAUAGCAUUCAAUUUGCCAUAUUCUGCGAUUUGGUUCAGGAAUUUCUUGUCCUCACAAUUUGUCCACAAUCAUUCCUAUAUCUUUGAUAAAGGCGAUAUAGACUAUUGGAACGGCAUUCUUAAUAUCACUAGAACUGUGUUUUAUUUGAAUUACUGUGUGAAUUUCUUUCUAUACAGUAUCACUGGGGCAUAUUUCCGGAACGAAUUGGCACAUAUGUUGCAUUUGAGGAAACGAACACAUCGAGUAUAUAAAUCUCAUAUACGCAGCAGCAGAUUUGGAAGUUCGAAUCAUUCUGGGACAGUUGCAACAUAUAUAGCUUAACAUUUUCAUUUACACUAAUUAAGGGCAUAUGAAACUUUCCGAACAAAUCCGAAUGCAUACAUUUUACGAUCUCUGCUCAGUUUUAAGAGUCACAAAGAACAGACGAAUAUUUUGUUUCCAUUCAACGAGCAAAUAACAUUUAUAAUGAUACAGAGGUGUAGAUAUUGAUUUUUCCCUGAGAUAUAGUCAGAUUAAAUUAUUUUGCAAGACAUUACAUGACAAUAAAGUAACUUUGCUUUUGUUAUGAUUUAUGACGUCUUACAACGAAGGAAGAAAAUUCUACUGGUUUAUUUCAUGACUUACUGAUUACUUAGUUUUAUCAUAAUAAUAUGAUUGCAAAUGCAGAAGAAUUUUACCUUUAUGAAUAAAAAUUGACAUACACAUUUUAAAAUAAGACGUGUGUAUCUUUGAACAUUGUAGGAUGUCACAGAAACUUAUAGUAACCAAAGGCGUUGUAAGAGUAAGUAUCACGUAUGUAUAACAUACUGCAGGUCUAAAGGUCUGAUUAAGGUGAUAAGCGUUAACUGAAAAUCGAUUACGCCCGCACUCAUUUUUAAAAUUGAAUGUUUGCGGUCAUUAUUUGAACAGGACAUGACAGAUACUUGUUCUUUAAUCAUAACAAUUUCGCGAAGAAAAUAUAUAGCAUAUUUCUGCAUGUUCGAAAUAAGACUUUUCCGCAGUUAAAGAAUACAGAAAAUUCCCUAAACUUUUGAGAUUCAACUAUUGAUUAAAAUGAUAACCAUAUGUGUUGAAUGUAUCAAAACCACUUUAAUGAAAAAUCUCCAAAACAAUUGAUAAUGUAAGACUGUGGCAUUUUAUGCUUGCUUUGAAAAGAACGCAUGUUCUAUGCAUGAACAUUUACUUCUCGACAAAAAAUUAAAGAAUGGAUAUAAUGAGAAGCAUAGAGUAAAAAAAUAACAGACUCAAAAGGGUUUUGUCGAGGAAAUGCUAGGGACAUGAAUUCUGCUUCACAUUAAUUUAUCUCUCAUCAAACCGAGUCUGUUAUUUUUCAGUUAUCUUCUAUUAUUACCAUUUGACAGUCCCAUCUUAUGGAAAAUGCGUUUCGUCUGACCUAAAGUGGAGAGACAUUUUCAAAACAAUAUUACUUUCACGACUAUUUAAUAAGCAAGUAAUUUCUCAUAAAGCAUUCACGUUUUCACCAAUAACAUUGUUUUUUUUUUUCAAAUCAUAAUAUUAAGUUGCAAAUACAUAAAAAGGGGUUUUAUCCUAUCGUAUUUGGUGUUAGAAAUGCCGCCUAUCUCUGCAGGAACUGCAUUUGUACAUUGUUAAUACUUCAACACCUAUGUAAUACUGAUAAGAACUAUUUUGCCGAACCGCACUAGUUAUUGCAUACGUUGAUGUCAUCACAUUCAUUUACAUUCUUUAGGUGAUAUAAGCCUAUAGGAAUUGUGAUCGCGUAUUCGCACUGCCACAAUUGAUUCAACUCUUAAUAUGCCGUCACGUGUGAUAUUCUACAUGAAUCAAUUAACUGAAUGUUGUUUAUAUAAGUACACGUAGGCAAACAAAUCAGUCUGACUAAAGUACAUCUUAAACUACGCUACGCUUAGGCUCUGAAGACGUGUUAUUGAUAGCCUCGUUCUGACUACCUUUCCGCUAGCCAAUCAGAGCCUUGCUGUCAACAUUUUGUAAGGCAAAGUAGAAGUUUAAAAAAUCUAUAUUUAGCCUGGGUUCUUCAUAUUUCAUAUUUUUCAUAUUUACUAUUCUUAUGACGACCACAUCGCGACUACGCCCUCGUGGUUUGAGAAAAAGUACGAACUUGGACACGUAAGGUUGCAGACAGCCGGAUAGCUCAGUCGGUAGAGCACUCGCCCUGUAAGCGUGGGGUCCCGGGUUCGAGCCCUGGACUGACUGCACAUUUUUCGCACCCUUUGACAUUCGACGCUAAUUAGAUGGCUCAGCCAAAUACUUGUUGAAACAAGUCGUCUGAUUGGUUCAAAUAAAAAUAGAUUCGUGAAAAUAAAGAUAGCUAUUUCGGAAAUCAAAAUAUACAGAAAGAUGAAUGUAAAUUGGUCAUCCCCAGUUCUUCGUUUAGAAAACCAACACAGCACAAGUACUUUAGUAAGAUUGGCAAACAAAUCAAAUAAGUAUCGUGAACAUUUAUUGUACAAAGACUUUUAACAUUUCAGAAUUUCGAAAAAAACUAAAUUGAUUGCUGUAGCUUUUAUUAAAACUUGUUUCAGGAAACAUACUUCUGUUGUUAUUUAUAACAUUUUUAUAUAAACAUGUAUCAAUUUGUUAAGAUAUAUACAGUUUCAGCAAAACCUAUAAACAUGUUGUGUCUGUUGCUUAAAACAAAAAUAAGAAUAAGUUAUAUUUUUGCAGCAUUAUAUAAUUUCCCAGAUCUACUCGGUGACAGAUGAUUUACUACUCACCAGCAAUGGGUACUAAGUGAUUAACCAACUUUGAUGACAGUAGCGUGUUAUAUUCACGGAGUAUAAGAGUGCGACUACACUUCAUUACCGACGCAAUCUACAAGAUAUAAAUCAUUAUUUCCAGAUUGCAUUGGGCCAAUUCGUUUCAUUUUUGCGGCGCACGCCGUUUCGCCGCAGGCAUUCUUUUGGGUUCCCAGGCAAUGCCCGGGUCUAUCCGGCAAACGCAGAUGUGCGCCGGUCUUCCGAGAUAGGCAAAGUAGCAUAAUUAAAUAAUUAUCAUACAUUUUCGCGAUAUAAAAUCGGAGAAACAUUUGUAAAUUUCGGUUAAUAACAGUAAAGGUAGAACAUACUACAAUAUGUUUCUAGCUUAUUUUGAAAAGGCCUCAAUAGAAAUCAUAAUAAAUUGAAAAUUUAUAAUUUUUUUAUUUGUAGCUCACGUGACCGGUAUACGCCGAAGCGUUCGUUUAUCAAUAAAUCGGCGAAAAUUAUCUUUCUGCUGCUCAUGUGACCGGCAUGUCCCGGAUUAUUUGAAACGAAUUGGCCCAUUGAUAACGGCAUGCAAACAAUGAUAAAUAUAAAGUAAAACUAAUGGGUAGAAAUAUCAGCACUUCUUACAAGACAGAACGAAACUGCUUUUGAGUUUAAACCGACUAAAUGUUUACAAACUCUCACAUGAAUUAUUUGUCAAAAGACAUGAUAGAUGAUAUGUCCAAAUACAGAACAUGGCAAAUAAUGAACAUUUAAAACAUGGCGUGUAAACUAACACCCGAAUCUCUAAACGUAUAGAUAGAUGUACGUUUAGUGAAAAAGUUCAUUUAAUUAAGAUGAUCAUUUUAGCACGAACUUUAUAAUGUUCAGGAAUUUCAUAAGGUAUAUAUGGGGCCUUUUGGAUGCCUCACAUUUGGUUAACUCUCGUGAAUAGACUCAGUCACACUAAGUCUGCUAUGAACUUAGCUUAGUUGCGUCCUAGGUUCAUAAGGUUCUUACAGAUUUCAUUGAUUUUUUUUCCUUUUGUAAAAAAUCACUUAUCUUUAAAAUAAUAAAAUAACAUUAUUCUUAUAAAUUCAGUCAGUCUUUACAAGAUAAUAGAAUAAAAGAAUUCAUGAUUGUACAAAUUAGUAAGAAGAAUAUCCAUGCAAUGAAAUACAGGUGGAAAAUGGUUAAAUCCCAAAUAUUUAAAAUCAAGUGGAAACUUAUGAAUAUAUAGCAUAUUCAAAAAUCCACGAAAUUUAAAAACGAUUGCUAUCGGCUAAACAAUUUUAGACCCAAACAAAUAUUAUCUUAAUACCCUAUUAUUUCUAGUCGGAUUCUGAAUUUAUAAAGCUUAUUUCGUUAGUAAAUACCGAGAACGUAACUAUAAUGUUGUUGAUAUGUUUAAAUUUGAAUACGGAAUUAUUUUAAAGUACUUUGCUAACAAGAGAGUAAACAAUAUUUCACAUUUUGAAUUUCAGGAAUAUGCAGAAGAAUGAAUGAAUACAUUGUGAUACCAUGCUUUUAAAGAUAAACCAAAUAUAUGUUUAUUUGUGCCAUGUUAUUUGUUUGUAUAUAAUUAUUUUGUUUUGUAAAAAAAUUGAUUAGAUGAAAAUAAAAUAAAAUGAAAUGAAA